ACGCCGGAAAUUGUAAUAUUAUGGUUGCAUCUGAUUGGCUAGAGAAGUCCAGGACUUCCGGAAACAACUAUGUGAAAAUGCGGUCGUUUUUACCAGCAGUGGCAGAACAACUUUUUAGAGAUAUUCAGAAAACCUAUCAGGAAACAUCUAAAAUUCCCGAUGACCUGCUAAUUGCGCUGAAGUUUGUCUUUGGCUCUUGCGCAUUACAAGCGUUGGACCUGGUUGAUCAACGCUCCGUCACCUGUCUGUCAUCUCCAAGUGGACGCAAGGCCUUCCAGGUAACGGGAGGCUCGGGACGCUUGUAUGUUUGCUUCUUGUCCUGUCACUACUGCCCAUGUCCAGCUUUUGCCUACACGGUGCUGCGAAGAAAUGAAGGCCUCCUGUGCAAACACAUCCUGGCUGUGUAUCUGUGUCAGGCGAUGGCCGUGACUCAGCAGGAGAGUGUUUCUGAUCAGCAGAUGUCCACGCUGCUCAGCGGGACCACGGCCCUGUGACACCCGCCUCCCCUGCACAGCGACAUGGAGCCUCCUGCACAAGAGAUGCUGCUUUUUUUUUAUUAUUUUAGCUUACUACAAAGGAGCCAAAGUAUGGGAACAUCAUCAUACUUCCUGCUGUUCUUCCAACAUUUCUGUCAUUUAUUCAAAUGUAAAUGGUCAAUUUAUUUCAACUGAACAUCUUUGGAAUAAUAAAACAAUCUUUAACAAUAUAAGCAUUGCCUUUAUUAACAAAAUAAUUCACCAUACAUACAGAUUGCAUCAUGUUUAAUAGCAAUAUCAGUUGUAGUUUUGUUGAACUAAAGAAAUGCCUCUGUAAAGUAGAACAUCAGCUUGCCCACAGUAGAUGUUUUUCCUGAUUAGUAACAAGAUAUCACACCGACAGACGGCUACUUCGGAAUGACAGGCAGGAAUGUUGAAUCAGACCAACUUGUUAUUUUCUGUCUCACCAUAAAAACUGUAAAAUAAGGCAACAGUUAGACAUCAAUCGAUAGCUUGCAGACAGCUGGACACUUACAGUACUUUUUUUACAGUCAACAAAGACGAUAAUACAACGUUACAGUGCAGUUACAGUAUAGAUGUCUCCAUUGGAAUGUACUAAAAGGUUGGCACACUCCUGUGUUUUAGCCCUUGAAGUUGGUCAGAGUUGGCACAUAGGACAACAGGAAACACAGGGAGAUGAAGCUUGUUGAACACCAGCAGCACUAAACAGGAAAAUAAAAUCAAUGCAAUCUGUUGGUUUUCUUUAGAUUGGCUGUUAUUUUUCAUGAAUUGACUUGUAUGAACACCGUUAUUACAAACUGGACCAAAGAAGAUUUGUUUUAAUUGGAUCACGAUGACUUGGUUUAAAUUAAAUAUGUCUGUAA